CAGCGACUAACCCAAAACACCAGACCCCGCGUCAGUACGGUUCUAACGUGUGUUGCGUUAGCGUAACGCCGUGGUCGUCGUCCUCUUCGUGUCGAAUGCGCGAUGCGGACCUAGUGCUGUCUUCCUCGAUUAUUAUCAACGUCUGAUGAUUCGCGAAUAGCCACGAUUGUUCAGAUGGAUAGCUGAAAAACGUACGCCACCGAUUCGUCUCAUGCCAGUUCUUUAGGCCAGUUUAGAUACCUAAUUAUCGAUACGAUAGGUGCCAUUAGUUGACUUCAAUAUUUGCGGAAUAUCGAGAGACAACAAGAUUUCUGUCAUCAUCGCUAUAACCCUUAAUGGCAGAUAUUCAGCUAUAUUCAAGAAGUGUGAUAUCUCUAUUCAUUUAGCAAAGCUGAAUUAGAUUCAGCAAAAGAAUCGGCCGUUUUCAUUUCUAGGACGUCUGCAGAAACAGUUUCAUGGUUUUCAUGGACGAAUGUGGUUUGGAUGCCAACCGAUGGCCUGGAGCACCCAGACCAGGGGUUCCUACAUCUCCAACAGCCCCAGAGAAGGACCGCCAGUUCAAAUGGAACCCGUUGAUCUCAGUGUAAAAACGCCAAUAGUACUCCAAGUACCUAAAUUUUCUCCACAAAGGCUGAGGAAUCCUCCACCCUCCACCAAAAUACAUCAACCACCAGAUAUUCCUAUUUGCAAUGUGAUAACAACGCCAGAUUUGAGAUUACCCAUGACGGAUGCCGCUUCAACAGCUGCCCUACUCGCUCUGCAAAGGAUAAAGGACUCUUCCUUAACGAUAUCCAGACUGCCAACCUUAGAGGUAACUUACGGAAAAGGUAGCAACAAUAUCGUCAACAAUAAUAACAACAACGAAGUACACAGAAAUGCCCCAGAAACUUCUGUACGGAGAAGAAAGGUGCACAGAUGUGACGUGGCAGGCUGUCACAAGGUCUAUACGAAGAGUUCUCAUCUCAAGGCACACAAGAGGACGCACACAGGAGAAAAACCCUACCAAUGCUCAUGGGAUGGCUGCACAUGGAAGUUUGCAAGAUCAGACGAACUUACCAGGCACUACCGUAAGCACACAGGCCAGAAACCCUUCAGCUGCAACCUGUGCCAGAGGUCUUUUAGCAGGUCGGACCACCUGUCCCUACAUAUGAAGAGACACUGAGGUCCUCGGGCUCACAAUAGAAGAAUGAAUUAUUGCUCCCUUUAUCUGUUCAUAAAUCGCAAUAUAGUAAUAUCGUUUCGGUGAUAAAGUAAGGCAAUUGUUGAUUAAAGGUAGGAACACACCGAUGCGGGACUGCGGAAGCGGGAGAGAAAUUUUUGCGGGAUGGAAAUCAACGGCGUUAGGAGGUAAAACUUCUUCUUUCGAAAAACUGUCACUUUCAUACAUAAUUUUAGAUUCAUACUAAUAAUCGUGUCUCAUUGUUCUCGCGUAGGUAUGCAUACUAUGCAAUCUUCCCGCUGCCGCAACUAUAACGCAUCGCUCCCGUUCCCGCAGUCCCGCGUCGGUCUGUUCAUACCUUUAUGCUUCUUACAUAAACUCAGUUGGUUGGAUAUUUUCGGAUGUGAGUAAUUAUUUAACGAAAGAAUAAUGAUAACCAACAGCUAAUUUUCCACCUAAUAUUAAAAAAACCAUGUACGCAGCCGUAAGAAAGAAUAAGAAGGUAAAGGUAAAAAUAAAUAAUGAAAUAUGCUCAUUGCAGAAAAAUUAAAAUAUAUACAUUUUACCCUAUGAACAAAGAUAGUAUAGCAAUCGCUCAGGAUAUCAGACCAAAAUGUCUCAUUGUUUAGGACUUGAAACUUGUCAGUAACGUAUGUCCCAAAAAUUCUGGCACAAAUUUCGUCAUACAAUUUUCAGACGAAAAAAAAAGUUUUACGGCAAUUUUACAAAACGGGUGUAAUUGAAAGUUUUACAAAGAACAAAAUUCUCAUUUUGAAUUAAUCAUAAAGGUCCUCGGUCUUCAACGAUUUGCAGUCUUCUGCGCUGAUGCUUCGUCUUCGUCCGACGCAAUUCAAGUUGAAAAAUGGAAAAAAGACUCUCCAAUAUUUUGUGCAAUUUCUUUCAUAUGCAUUCGGUACUGUGUGCCCCCUCCCUUGAAGAAAUCCUGGUUCCGCCAAUGCUUGGAAACACCGUAAGGACUUCUAGUUCUAGUAUUCUCAAAGACUCUCCGAUGUAAUUCUUAACACUUUCAAUUAACUUAUUCGCUC